UCCUCCGUGUCGUCAGGCAGAAGCUUCAGUCAUCAGGGUGGCUGAGUCCCGGCGGAGAGUCACGGCGGCUCGCUCAGGCGGACAACAGAACCGCACAUCCAGCCCCAAGUAGCCAGCCGACUUCUCCCGCAGCCUUUUCCCUCCAGCAGCAUGUCCAUGGCCCUGGAGUCCGGGUUCUCCAGCGAGGAGGUGCUGAGCAGCCGCUUCCCGCUGCACCGCGCCUGCAGAGACGGGGACGUGGGUGCCCUGAGCUCGCUGCUGCUGCGCUGCUGCAGCCCGGCCGAGCUGGCCGUGGAGGACUCCUUCUACGGAUGGACGCCCGUGCACUGGGCGGCUCACUUCGGAAAGCUGGAGUGUGUGAUGCGUCUGGUUCAAGUGGGCUGCAGCGUGAACUCCAUAACCUCCCGGUUUGCUCAGACUCCCACUCACAUUGCUGCUUUUGGGGGCCACCCUGAGUGUUUGUUGUGGCUACUUCAAGCCGGUGCAGAUAUUAAUAGACAGGACUAUGUGGGCGAGUCGCCCAUCCACAAGGCUGCUCGUGCAGGCAGUCUGGAGUGUAUCAACGCUCUCUUGAUUCAGGGAGCGAAAGCUGACAUGAGGAAUGCCAGUGGGCUGACGGCUGCUGACCUGGCCCACGCCCAGGGAUUCCAGGAGUGUGCUCAAAUUCUCGCCAAUGCCCAGAACCUCCAGCAAAACAUGGCUCAGUCCCACAACGGGACCUUUAUAAACGGCGUGAGCCGGAACGGCGGCCACGCUCACCCCACCAUCCAGGGACGCAGUUUCUUGAACGGCGUUCCCAACAGAAAGAGGUCUUUUGAUGGCAUGGAGGCAAACUCCGGGAAAAAGGCCAGACCCAACGGAGUGUGUGUGCCACCAGAGUUGCUGAAUGGGAACGGGCCCCUGGGCGGCACCGGAGAGGCCCAGAUGGAGGGCAUGAACGUGGAGAUGGCAGCCCCCGUAACCUCAGUGGGAUGUGAGAGACACUGUGAGGAUUUUUCCUCAAAUCCGGCAGCAGGAAUGCUCCUUGGCGGCCACGUCUACAGUUACUCACCUGAGAUCAAUAGUACCGAGGGCAGCCAGGUGGAGCAUCAGAAGUCUGUCAAAGCAGAGCAGUUGUAUGACCAUACCCUCUUCAGCACCAUGCUUCUUUACCACGGAUCCUAAAGUACCAAGGAUCUAGAUGACAGGUCAUCGUUUUUUAAUUUUUUUUAAUUUUUUUUUUGUCCGAAUUUCAUUCAAGCCUAAAUAAGCAUUCAUUCGCCUUAAAUUCUUUGACUGGUCAAGUUGUGAAAUGAAACUGCCGUUUGUGGAUGGAUCUGGAAUCUGUGACUUGAGAGCGAGUAAGAAGUGGAGAAAGUUUGUGUAACGUUUGAGUGAUUGAUUAUACAGCAAAUGUUAAAACACACUAAAGCAUUUUGAUGAAGCACUGCCAUUACUUCAGUUGUGUUUCAAGUUUGUUAUUCAAAUUCAUUUUAAAUACAUACAAUGUAACUCAUCAACAAUUAAAAGAUUUUGCAGAUGUUUAA